AUUAUCGGAAAAAAAAAAUUUUGACUGUUAUUCUAUAGUAGAUGGCAACAUCGGCCUCAGAUUUGUGUGCGCCGGCUUUGCACGUGAACGUGUUGCUGAAAUCUCAAUAAAUUAGUGAAAUCACUAUGUCGGACGAAUAUUUCUACGGUGUCACUCUCUCGUCAUCACAUCAGUCCGAGACAUGGGACCCCGAAGCAAAGGCGGAAUACCCGCGAAGCAACAAAUUACUCAUCCGCCAAGCACUCCUAGGUCCGGACGCGAAACCUGACGAACUUAACGUCGUUCAGGUAGAGACGAUGUGUCUCCAAGAAUCUAUAAAAAUCCCAGUUGCCAUCUUAAAAGUUGGUGAAACAAGACAAGCACGUCUGGAUAUUGAGUUCCCAGAUGCACCGGUCACCUUCACCCUUAUACAGGGCUCGGGGCCGGUUCACUUAAUUGGGCAACACUUGUUGGGUGCCCUCGUGGAAGAGUUUGAGGAUAUGGAGGAAAUGGAAGAGGAGAUGUUAGACGAAGAGGAAGGUGAAGACUCUCAGUUCAAGGAAGAUGACAAUAAAAGGAAAGCGUCAUCUGGCAAACGCAAGGGAAAUGAGGACGAGGACGAGGACGAGGCGGAACCAAAGGGCAAGAAGGCGAAAAUGUCGAACAACGCUAAAGGCAAGGCUCCUUCCCCCAAGAAGAACGCCAAGAAGUGAGCCGCCCGCCCUCCGCCCGCGGCCAGCCCUUAGUUGUACGAAAUAGUGUGGUAAUUGAACCUAGGUUAGCGUUGUAUCGACUCGCGUGUUUGAGGAGUGGACAUGUGGCCAUACGGCAUACGACUAUAUGAUCGCUUAAGAUCCACUGUGAUUUCUUCAAUUUUUCGGAACUAAUUUUUUUCAUUCCUUACUGUGGUAUAGUGUUAUUGAUAAGUAAAUUCUGAAUACGCAGAUGUAUUUUUAAGUUACGACGUGAUCACGGUCGGUGUCCGUUGACGUCGAUCCUUUUGUAUGAUGUAGCCUCUCGAAGAUUCAUUCAGCCGCUAACGAAUUCUCAUUUCAGAAUGAAAACUGAUAAUCUAAUAUAGUUUGUUUGUACAUAUACAUUUAAAAGCAUAAGGACGGUAAUAAUUAAAUAAAACCAUUUCUAAACAUUCUA